AUGCAACUCUUCCGAUUGACGGGCGCGCUCAUAUGCUCCGCAAUCUGCUGCCAGAGUCACCAGCAACGCCCGUGCUCAGAAAGAGCGCCAUAUCUUCCCAGACAGGGAUUGCUAAACUCACCUCGCAUAUACCUGAUCGCAAAUCUCGCGAGGUCAACGCCUCCUAGCGACAGGAAAGCACAUCCACGCAACGUUGGCGCUCCAUAUGGGAGCAAUAUCAUCGAAGUUCCUGGCGACAAAGCAAACCAGUACAAAUAUGUGGUUCGCUUCAAUGGCCCAGCAGAGGGAGAAGGCUGGAGUGUGGUGAUCUGGAAUAAGCUUGGACCAGACGGUAUUCAGGGCGGUUGGUACGGCAAGGCUUGCAGGAGACUCACUCUUGCCGCCGGCCAGUCGCGAUUUAUAGCCUUUGAUGAGAAUUCCCAGGGUGGAUGGGCCACUGCGCCUGGAACUGCUAUCCCUUUGGAUUCCAAAGGUGGUUAUGCGUCGACGUGGGGAGAGUUUGACUUCGGUUCAUCUGUGAACGACGGCUGGUCCGGAUUUGAUGUAUCUGCAAUCCAAGCACAGAACGCUGGCCUGGAGAUUCAAGGUAUGCAGAUAUGUGAUGUUCUCACCCAUAUCUGCUCAGCAAUUACUCGAGAUGCAAGUCAUGUUCAGAACGCCUACACAUGGGAUCUUGCCGAUGUCCGUGGAAUUGGUGGCAAUCUUCCCCCCGGUCCAGUCAGACUUGAGGUAACGCUUGAUUAUGCCAAAUGA